GGCGGCCGGCGGGGCGGUCCAGAGCGAGCGGAGAGACAUGACCACCACCACCAUCUACCAGGGGCUCGAGUCCUCGGGGCGCAGCAGCUCCAGCAGGGUGUUGCAGCCUCCAGGAGGCGGAUCCAGCAUCUCGUUCGGAGUGGAGGAAAAUGUCAAACCGCAGCAGAGCAGAGCCAACAAGACGGCUUCCAACAUCUUCGGGCCCCCAGUGGAUUCCCAGCCUGCCGUCAGGAGGAGCAACCCUCCAGGGGGGAAGAGCAGUGGGAUCUUCGGAGCGACUGGCUCUGAAGCCUCUGAUCUGAAGCAACGGAGAAACCCUCCUGGUGGCAAAACCAGCGGCAUCUUUGACUCGGUGACGACUCCUGGCACUCGGGGCUCUGCAGCUGGAGAAGGCAACGAGGGUGAGAAAUGUCCAAGCAAUAAAGCCAGUGAAACUGAAGAGAAGCCGCGGGGUCUGAAGGAGGAACCUGUGCUAAUCCCAGCAGAGCCUGCAGCAGCCCGGCCCAGGAAAAACCCACCAGGGGGCAUGUCCAGCCUGGUUUUAGGAUAAGCCUUUGAUGUCUAUUUCACUUAUGACUUGCGAACCGAAUAAAUUGUUAAUUUUAAUGUGAGCUACAAAAAAUUGAGCCCUUUUUUGUACUAGCACUUUACAUUCGAGUGAUCCUGUGGAGGCCAGACCUGCUGGGUGCAGUGUGCCUGCUGGGGGGAGCCUGACUUCUAUACGCCCCGUGAUGUGUAAAGAGUUGAAAUGAGUAUUUCAUGUUUCUUAUGUGACCCCCUCCCCCCCCGCCCCCCCCCUC